AUGGCAGUCGAUGAGAGCCUGUCAGAUCAUAUUAUUGAGGCGAUUCAGGGCUCAGGUCACAAGAUUGAUGGAAUCAUCACCUUGUUCGACCCACGAGCUGCAGCUACAGCCAAAGCCGCAGAGAGACUCGGGUUGCACGUGCUCCAGCAGAGGCCUUCGAGGUUGCCACGGACAAGCUUCGAACAAGCCUAUUGGAUGGCCAUUCGGCCCAUCGCGUGUCCACUUUGGAGGACGCAAAGUCUCUCAUUGAUUUUUGGGGGGGGGGGGGGGGGGGGGGGGGGUUAUUUCCCGCUCAUCCUGAAGCCAGUCGCAGGAUUCCUGUCCGAAGGCGUGUUUCUCGUGCAGAAUUUCGAAGACCUGGACCAUGCGAUAUCAGCCAUCGUGAAACUCCACGGCAAGGAUGCUUUGAUGGAGCCUUACUGCGACGGUCCAGAAGUGGAUGCCAAUUUCGUCCUUGCUGACGGGGAGAUCCUUUUCUUCGAAGCCUCUGAUGACUUCCCCACCUCGGCUGAAGAAGGACCUAAUGGCACCUUCAUAGAGCAGGCCAAUGUCCUUCCGGAUGGCAUCUUUCACCUGGAAGCCCGAGUACAACAUUCAAAAAUGCAUUACGCCAAGGUUAAUGGCAUUCUCGACUUAGAGCGCCGUCCAGCCUCUUCGUCAGCCUCGAGUGGGGUGCCUCAGCCAAGUGCAUGGUUGAUUGAGAUCAACCCUCGGCCACCGGGAGUUCAGUCCUUCCAGGCAACUGCCAUCACGUACGGUGUCGAUUACAUUGGCCUCAGUCUCCUCUUGGCUGUUGGUGAUCGGGAGCGAGCCAAGAUUCUCGCCCAACCGUUUGCGCAGCGUCACCAAUACUGGAGCCAGAUUUUGUUCAUUCCGACUCCGAAGGGAGGCAAAUUCGACUCGGAAAACGUGUGUGCCGAGCUGAAGGAGCGAUGCCCAGAUUUGGUCCCGCACAUUUUGGUCUCCUUCUGUCACCGGAAGAGAGGAGGCAUCAUUCCUGAUCCGCUCGAGCCAGGCAGUUGACUUGGAUUGCGUAUUACCUGAUGAAU